AUGGCUGGUCAACGUACCAGUGGCCUUGGGGUUCUGCUUCUUUUUGCCGCGGUGUGCACUUUGUUGGAACUUUGGUCUGCUCCGAAUGAACUUCCACGGGCCCUUGUAGUGGCGGAGGAAGCUGAAGAUGAGGGCGAUAAUUUUUUCAGCAAGGUCUUUGCAGCUGCAGCACAGGGCUGCACCGCAGCUUUUGUAGCAGCUAUUUUGUCUGCAAUGUGUGAGCCCUUGGUGAACCGACUGCUCGUGAAGCGAAUGACCGUGGGUCAGGCAUGGAACGAGAUGACCUUGUCAUUGGUGGCUGGUUUCUUCCUCACGACCUUCCCAACCAAUAUGCUCAAGUUCCCUGUCUUUGAAGUGAUCAACCGCGCGAUGGCCUUCAGUGGACUUCCUGCGAGCAUCAGUGGAACAAUCAGUGGGUUCUUUUUUUGCACCAUCAUGCUUCCUGUGACAAACUACCGCUUCCGGAAGAGCAUGGGCUGGGAGAUCAAGGCAUCCCUUCUUUACCAAGCAUACGUCCCAACCGUCGCUCGUGAUAUCAUCUACGGCUGGGCUCGUGGCCUUGUUGGUACCUUUUUCCAAGAUCUUUUCGCUCCAGAACUCUUCUCUCACAAGCUGCGGCAGCUGUGUUUGUUCUUGAUUCUCCUGACGCUGGUGGAUUGGGCCAAGACCUCAACCAGCUCGGACUUCUCAGCACAGCUGGAUCCGCCCGGUCCCAAAUCCGGGAGCUACCUCGAGUCUCUUGCCAAAAUUCAGAGCGAAAGGAAGUGGAGACACCUCUUCUACAUCAAGAACACCUCUACGCUGGAUGUCUCCAACCUCUUCCAGUCCUGGUACCCCGCAACGCAGUACCACAAACUUUGUCGAGAACUUCGAAGAUACUGUCAACAAAAGAAACGAGACAAGCUCAACCAGAUCACUCAGGAAGCUGCGCAAGCCUCAAGACGUGAUCUUCAACCACCGGACUCCGAGUUGAACUUGAUGCUCAACCACUUCUUCUCCAUCUUCACGGCAUCCAGCGUCCUGGGCUAUGUGGCGGUUUUCUUCUAUCCUUGGACCUUCAUCAGGCCUUUGACCGGAUACCACGCAGUGCCCUUCACAAAGCUCAACUGGCUCGUACAGGUACCUCCUGGCGAGCAUCCUGACCUUCGAGAACAUGCUCAAAAGGAGGCCUGCGUGGCGCUCCUGGAACAGCAGAAAUGGAAGAAAGAUGUGGAGCUACGCAACGUCUCCCGUCCUCUGAAAGGAGUUGUAUGGAACCACGUGAUCCAGAUCUUGUCAGACCGGUUCGCCAAGAUUGCACAAGCAACGUCGAGCAGCGAAUUGUGGAAGGAAGCCGCUUCAUCGACCAUGCUGACCUCAGGACAAGCAUGGCCCUACUUGAUGUGGUGUCCCAAUCGCAAGCUCAAAAUCAUUGAGCGCACUCCGACCACCCAGGACGACCAGGUGAUCCGGUUCAAGAGCCUCAAAGCCAUGAACGAGAACAUGGAUGCCUCUCAGGCUCAGCAGUAUAAGACUCGUGUGAUUUGGCCUGAAAUUGCUGAUGCUUGGCUUCAUGCUCUUUGGCUGCGGCCUGCUGGCGGCUGGGUGGCUGGGCGGCUGGUCCUCCUAAGCAUCAUCUCCUCUCCAUGCAACGAGUGGCGCGGCUUUACCCUGCAGCCGAAGGAGAAGAAGUUGCUUGGCAAAGUUGCUAGUUGGGUCAGGCUGCCUUUCAGUGAGUACUUCAAGCCAAUCAAUUACGCACGCUCCACAGGCGCAACUGAUGAACCUGAGGCUGAGUUCUGGACGUUUUUCCAACCCUUCAUGUCGAGUGUUUGCGCCUUUGGCAUCUCACGGCCCAAGGCAUUGCUUGUUAGCAUGCUUGCUGCAGAAGUUGGUCCAUUGCAAAGUAAGCGCCUGCCUUUGAGGGAGCUCUGGUGUGUGCCCAGUGGACUUCCACGAACCCUCGUAGUCGCAGAGGAGGAGGAUGGCGGUGACAACUUUUUUAGCAAGGUCAACCGACUUCUGGUGAAGCGAAUGACGGUGGGACAGGCGUGGAAUGAGAUGACUUUAUCCUUGGUGGCUGGGUUUUUCUUGACCACGUUUCCGACGAACAUGUUGAAGUUCCCGGUCUUUGAAGUCAUUAACCGAGCGAUGACAUUCACCACUUUGUCUGCAGGACUUAGCGGCCUUGUGAGUGGUUGGCUGUUUUGCACCAUUAUGUUGCCGGUCACCAACUACCGGUUCCGCAAGAGCAUGGGCUGGGAGAUCAAACCUGCACUCCUCUACCAGGCAUACAUUCCAACUGUCACCCGUGACAUCAUAUACGGCUGGGCGCGCGGCCUGGUCGGUCCUUGGCUGCUGGAGUUCUUUGCGCCGACCACCUUCUUUCGCAAGGCAAUGGUUUUCGGCCUCACGAUCUGGGCAUCAUGCAUCAUUUCUUCACCGUGCAACGAAUGGCGGGGCUUCACCUUGCAGCCCAAGGAGAAGAAGCUACCCUUCAGUGAGUACUUCAAGCCCAUCAACUAUGCUCGAUCUACAGGAAUUGGCUCCGCCAUCAUGGGCAUUGCUCUCAUGAUUGGCAUGUUAGUCACACCCUAUGCAGAAGAGUCAUUUGGGUACUUGAAGGAGCACACUGCAGUCGCCCUGGGUAUCGUUGCUGUCGUUGUGAUUGGCAUUGUUGCGCUCUCGAAGUCCGCUGCUCAAAUGGACGCAGUUGGCUUCGUUUGCAGUAUUUGCAGUUCAAUCUUGCAAGACCGGGCGCAGUUGGCAAUGCAAUCUUGA